UAGGGUUGGGAAAGUACAAGUGUGAGUAUACCCUCCCUCGCCGUCCUCUCUUUCGAAGGCGGUCGCGGGUGAUUGCCUGAGCGCAAGCCAGCCAUCGCCAGUGCGGAAAAGUAGUGGAGGAAUAGAACGUUUUUGCCUGUACCCAACGUGGAACUUCCCUCUCUCGAAAAUGAAGUACGUCGCAGCAUAUUUGCUGGCCGUUCUCGGCGGCAAGGCCCACCCUACGGCGGAUGACAUCGCUGACAUCCUGGAAUCAGUGAGUGCAGAUGUAGAUCACAAGAGAUUGGACAAGUUGAUGAAAGAGGUAGAGGGCAAGGAUGUCAACGAGUUGAUCGCUGCAGGAAGGGAGAAAUUCUCGUCGGUCCCGUCUGGUGGCGGCGCAGUUGCCGUGAGUGCUGGCGGCGGUGGUGGAGGUGACGCAGCUAGCGGCGGCGUUGCCGCUGCGGAGCCGGAGAAGGAACCGGAGAAGGAAGAAGAGGAGGAAGAGGAUGAGGAUAUGGGCUUCAGUCUCUUCGACUAAGGUGGAAGGGUUUUGUUACUUCCGUUUUCUGAAGCCUGCACAUUAAUAGACUUGUUGAUUAUCUGCUAAUUAAUACUGUCCUUUCUGAGAAAGAGUCCUUCCUGCGAAAGAGUCGAAGACUUGUUGAAGGCAAACAGAUGAUGAGGUCUUUACCUGCACAGUUGUGCAGGCACAGAUGAUGCGGUCUUUACCUGCACAACUUUGCCUCCCUGCGAUGUAAGGAUGAGGGUAUCUAAUAUUAGUAGAAUCGUACGAGGGGACAGAAUCUGCAAUUAGGGUUUGAGCUUCCAGCUGUGUGGAAUCAGUCUGUGGUUAUCGUCUUCUCCGGCGGGGUGAAAAUUCGAGGGCAUAGUGCAGAGGAGAGAGGAAGCAUGUUAGGUCGAGAGGCCUCGAUAACGGAUGGAGAAAGACCGGUCUGCCUCCUGUGGACAGAAGGCGUGGGAUUAAUAUUUUGUGCUAUGCAUGUAGUAACAGAGGGUUCCAUUUCUCCUUGUUUUUGAGAAAACAUCCUGAAUGAGAUGUGAUGAUUUGAGUUUCCCGCACGUGUAAAAGAUUUGCAAUGUCUCUUUUUUUUUUUUUUUUUUUUUUGGAAUACCUCUUUUUUCAAUGUCCUGUGUGUUCGAUUUUUUUUUUGAGGCCUCGAAUGAAGAGCACUCUAGCAGCAGUCAAGGAUGGAUGCCUUUUAAAUUCUUCUGGGACUAUUACCGUCUCACAACGCCCGUACGAUCUCUGGCGAUCCCGGACGUCCGGGAUCGCUUGUGCGCCCAGGUACGUUCCGACCAGCCCACUUUUGUUUCAGGAGAGCGCCGAGAUACGCAGGGGUGUUUCCGAGAGGGGCACUAAAGUCUGCCAUUUUUCGAGUUCUGGAAGUUUUGUUUAUGACAGAGGCUGCGUUCCUUCCUCCCUCACGUGCUGCGUUAAUUCCUGUAAGUUUUGUAUUGGUAGAGGGUGCAUUCCUCCCUCACGUGCUGCGCGUUAAUUCUGUCUCCCUGGGGCCUCGAGUUGGUCGUUUGCCUGCUUAGCUGCCUGAAUUGCGUUUGGACCUGAUCUGUUGCCCGACGGGGCUGUUUUACACACCACACCCUGGUUGGGUGCGCGUGUGUGACUGGGUACAUCGGGUCGCGGGGAAAAACGAGUACCUGUGCUGGGGUUGGGUUUAGUAGUCGUGGGUUUAACUUUCACCCCAGUCCACUUAGCCGUUUGGUUGAGUGUUUACCUCUUAACGUGGAGGUCGCGUGUUCGAUCCUUGGAUCGGUGCGGACGGACAGAUUUCAGUCUGGAGUGAGAAUGCGAUUCUUGUUAUCGUCUUUCUAUCGUGGAAGUUGGUUUCAACGUUAAGUGACAAUCAUCCUUAAUAGACUGUUUGGGCAGUCUAUUCCUUAACCAUUCAGGCCUUAACGUACGUUCGUCGAGAGGACGCGGGAUAAAGAGGGUAGUCGAUGGUUGACGAAAAAGGGUAUGGAAAGAGGAUGGUGGUGAUUAACAGUGGAGGACGAGGGUCGGAAAAAAGGAAAUUUUAACGGACAAGACAGGAGAAUGAGAGAAGGAGAAAUAAGGGCGACAUGCCGGCGUAGGGUGUGGCAAUCGACAGUGGGUGCAUCUAAUAAAGUGUAGAUUUGAGC